GCAAUUACUGCGCCAAGUACAAAAUAUCAACACGCGGCUACACAAAAUCAACAAGAUAAUAUGACACGUAAUUACACUUAUCCACCGGCCACUACCACCACAAUCACCCCUAGUAACACACCCCGUCGUCAUCGACGCGAUACUUCUUUUAUGGAACAACUCCUUAGCGACCCCAUACUUCAAACUUUGGCUGACAUCGGAAAACAAGAGGGCUCUUUUAUCGCACCAUUACCAAUCACUCACAAUAUUCACUAUGAUCAUCGUCGCAUGUUUACAGCAACCCCUCGACGAAUGGAAUCCGCAUGA